CUUCAAGGACUUCCCUCAGGCCAUUCGCAAUCAUGCCGCGGGCACGUCUCCCGCCUACGCUCUACACAAAAUCGAAAAACAUCCGAACAUCGAGCGGGCCGCGAUUAUGGAAUGCCAAACGUCGAACCAGAACCAGCGUUGGAUUGACACCAGAACACUCCAAAGACUUCGAGAAAACAACAUCAGUACAAAAAUGGCUCGAGAUUCACAAGAGUCAAGUUCAAUCCAACAAUCAUCGUCGACUUGACCCAGUGACGGAGCAAGCACUUCAAGAAACGCGCAAUAACAACGAUCUCGAAUGGUGGAAGCUGAAGAGGGAAGACCUCGACAACUUUAUGGAUGUGCACCCUCAUCUUCGUCGAGUUUCAAGCGAUGUCAGAGACUUUAUAUGUGCCAACCGUCACAUCUUUGACAAGCCCACGGUACUUAAACUACUGGAAAAUCCACCUCGCUUUUUCGCCGCCUCGUCGAACGUCCCUUAUGAAUUCCGGAAACAGAUAUACUUUCCGGACCCAAAAGACGCUGUCGUCCUGAUGCGCACACCCCACCUCAGUCCAUACUACGCAGCCUUCGACGUCCCACGACAUUUCAGCAAACUAGACCUGCAAGCAUACCUAAAGAACGUCUACAACGUUGACGUCCUCCACAUUCGGAGCGUAGUGGUGCAGCAAAAAGUGGACAGAAAGCAACCAGUCAGCCAAUAUACUCAAGGCCCCCUAUAUCGACCUGCAAGCAUAAAGAAGAUGACCGUCCAAUUGGCCAAACCAUUUGUGUAUCCAGAGGAGAUCACAGAUCUCGAUGCCUGGGAACGCGAAGACUUCUGGACAGCAAUGAAGGCAGAAUUCGCCCGACAGCGGAUGCGCUCCUCAUGGGGAACGACGAAACCGAAUGUAGAGCACCGAAAAAGCAUCGCGCAGCAGGCUCAAGAGCUGCUGAAAGGCAAAACGAAGUGGGCGCCGACGUGGCAGGCGCUAGACGACAAGCCAGUGUCGAAUUCUGUGGCUCGACAAUAGAUACCCUGUACAAUACUGGUUCGGUUCAAAAAAUGUAAAUCCAAGAAGUCGAAAAGACGUUAUUUGCCUCCAAAGUCGCCGUUGAAAAGAUCGUGGGAGAAAGAUGAUUAAACCAUAUAAAGCUCCCCAAAUCCCUCCUGACCAAAUGAAUGCAAGAAGCGGCAUGGACUCUUAAUAGGGCAGCAAAGCUAAGCGAAGCAGAAUAUGAUACGAUUAUACCCAAGAUGAGGCCAAAAAGGACGCUCGCUAACACCCUAUUCCUCACAUCGCCGCCCUCUGCCACGUAUCGCUUACACUACAACCUACUCUCGACCUCCGCAAAGUGGCUAUCCGACGCCCAUUGCGAGUCUGGCCAAAUAUGCCGCAAUGCUUCAUAGACGUGCC